UCGUCGAGAACAGAUCGUUUUUGGUGUCGAUUGUAAUCGCGAUUUGUGAUGUCUAGACAAACAUAAAACAAUAUAUAACAAUUGCGGAAACCGAUUUGAAUGUUGAUUUUCGCGUACCUAAGUGAAUUAGAAUUGCACGCCCAAAAUCGGGGGUUCAUUGUACGAAAAUCGCCGUAGCUCUUGACUUCAUAUUUGAACUAAUUUAUUGUGUUUGCCAUGGUGUUGCCGGCCGCCUCGACAUUAUGCAAUGUAUUUGCAUUUCUGCUGGCUGGUUCCCCCAUCUUCUACAGCGCCGCCCCGCGUGGAUCCUGCUCCACCUGCUGUGCGAUUAAAGAACGCGAGGACAUAAAGUUCAUGCUGUACACCAGCCGGAACCGCAACGCCGCCCAACUGCUCCACCUGAGCGACGAUGCCCGGCUGGCGCAGAGCAAUUUCAAUUUCAAUUACCCGCUGGCCAUCUAUCUGCACGGUUUUUCGGAGUCGGCCACCGGCGAACGGCAGAGCAGCCAGGAGCUGAAGGACGCCUUCCUCAGGCGGGGCAAGUACAAUGUCAUCCUCAUCGACUGGAGUGCGAUGACAGCGGUGCCCUGGUACUCGAAUGCCGUGGAGAAUCUGCCGGUGACGGCCCGCUAUUUGGCCAGGUUCCUGCGAUUCCUGGUGGACAAGGGCUAUCCGGCCAAGUACAUCCACCUGAUUGGCUUCAGCCUGGGCGCCGAGGUGGCCGGGUUCGCGGGCAAGCAGCUGCAGGAGUGGGGCAUCAAGCUGGCCAGGAUAACGGCCCUCGAUCCGGCCCUGCCCCUUUUCGAGGGCAACAGCUCCAACCGCCGCCUGAGUCCCAGCGAUGCCAGGUUCGUGGACGUCAUCCACACGGAUGGGGGCCUCCUGGGCAACCCGGCGGCCAUGGGCCACGCGGACUUCUACCCAAAUGGAGGACGACCCCUGCAACCGGGCUGUGCCAGGCAGAACAUUGCCAAUAACUGGCUGGGGAUAAUUGUUGGCUGCAGUCACCAGCGAGCCUGGGAGUAUUUCGUGGAGAGUGUGGGCCAGCCCCGGGGAUUCCCCGCCCAGCGAUGCGAGCCCUCCGAAAUGUUCGGCAUCUGCCGGGAGCCAGGAAGCGGCCCCGCCCACAUGGGGAUGGGGGCGGAUCCCAGGAUUCGUGGCAACUUCUUUCUGGAUACGAACGAAGCCAAGCCCUUCGGAAGGAGCAGUCGGCCGAGGGCGAUUGUUUCGCUGGCUCCUCGGCUGCCCAUUGCCUACAAAUUGCCACCUAAUGCCACCAGGCAGCCAUCUGUCAGUCGGUGGGUCCUGGGCCAGCAGCAGCAGGAGCAAGAGCAAGAGCAGGUCGAAGACGAGGACAACAACGCGCUAAGCAACAACAUUGACAGGUUCCCACUGACGUGAUGGCAUUUGCACAGUUUUCGAAGGAUGAGGGGUUGCGGGGAUGCGGGGCGAUUACCCAUUCCCUAGAGAGUCCUCCAGCAUCGGAUGAGAUUUA